CCAGCGGGAGAACGCUGCUCCUACAGUUGUGCACUAAUGGCACGGGGCGGUUGCCGGCUAAGACGUGUGUGCACAGCGGCGUGACGGCGACCAGCCCUUUGGCGGUCCCUCCAUCCCACGGGUGGUUCCGCCAACCGCCAACCGCCCAAACCGCCAACUGGCAACCCCGGUACCACAAAUUCGCUGUAACACAUUUCAUGAUCCGCAAAGUAAUUGGAGGCCUCGGGCGUGUGGCAGGACGUGUGCAGCGUUCUUCCCGGUCCUCGUGCCCGGCAGGGGGGAAACACACAGCGCCGGAAUACAGCAAUGUCCCACACGAAGGUGCCCUUGAUCAACGAGCCGGAGAAAGAGCCGGAAAAAGCCUCCGCCCCUGCAAAUGGGUCGAAGACCCUCCGUUUCAGCGUUCCAGCCAGGUCGUCGAAAGCUGCGCAGCAUGAACGCCUCUUCCCGGCACCAAACUCCCCUCAGGUCAUUCAACCCCUAUCCGCCACGCCGGCGGCCAGCAGGAGGGAAAAGGUAAGACUAGCCCCCCACCACUCUGCCCUGGACUGGGAGCGACAUAAACACGAGAAGGAUGUCAAGCACAUCGACCCCUCCUGUUUCCCCGUGCGAAUCACCAAGGAGGAGCUCUCCAAACACACGUCGCCCCACGACUGCUGGGUCGCCCUAGGCGGCAAGAUCUACAACAUCUCCUCGUACUUGGAUUACCACCCCGGCGGUGUCGGCAUUCUAGUGAAGAACGCAGGGAAAGACUGCACCGCUCUUUUCAUGAAGUAUCACCGCUGGGUCAACUUCGAGAGAAUACUCGACGAAUGCUUCAUCGGGUUCAUGGUGCGUUGAGUUGGCGUCUUCCCCCGCCUGGUUUCGUCCCGCCCGCCUGAAAAAAUCACUAUCACCCAUUCAUACAUGUCUCUUUACUCGUUAGUUUAUUAGUUCGUAACAACAUACUAUAAUACAAAAUCUCUGUAUGCUUCAAAUGUUCAGGAAACUAUGUCCUCUUUCCGAAUGGCGUCACCGUCACCGUGGCCGUGGCUCGCCUUCACGUGCACCUCGUUCACCUCAUCGAUCUUGUAUUGUGGAAGAAGAAUAGAAGAGGAACUGGAGUCUCUGCUGAGCCUCAACCCCCGUAGACUGUUGAGACUUUUAGCACUCGAUGUUCGAUUCAUGCUUCUGGCUGAAGAAAGACCGUGGCUCGUGAUGCUGUCAUAACUCCCUCUUUCGUUGCCGCUUCUAACACUCGAACAGUCCGAGUCGCUCUCAAUGCCAUCGUCACUGUUUUGCUUCGGCA